AUAAGAGAGAAACAAUCCAAUUAUCGCUCACUCUCCAAAAUGUUUGCUUUGGUUGUGUUGUGUGGUCUCGUGUCCUCGAGCCUCGGCGCCCGAAUCCUCGGGGUCUUCAUGACCCCCAGCUACAGCCACCAAGUGGUCUUCCAGCCCAUCUGGCGGGAAUUAUCCCUGCGAGGCCACCAAGUGACCGUCUUAACCCCCAACCCCCUCAACGACCCCAGUCUCACGAAUCUCACCGAAAUCGACUUAAGCUUCUCGUACAAGACUUGGAACAAUUACAGCAUCGCGACUCUGGGCACCAAAGAGCAUUCAACCAGCGAAGAAGUGAAGAAACUCUCAGAGGCGUAUUUGGCCGUAAGUGAAGUCCAGUUGAGUCACCCAACAGUGCAAGAAUUCCUCAAGAAUAACACCAAAUACGAGUUUGAUCUCCUCCUCGUGGAGUUCCUCUGGCCGGUGAUGUACGGCUUCAAAGACAUCUACAAGUGCCCAAUGGUGGGGAUCUCCUCCCUCGGACUCACCGCCACCGCCAUGGAGGCGAUAGGAAACCCCAGCAAUCCGGCCCUGGAACCCGAAUUCACCCUCCCGUUCUCCAAGAAUUUAUCGUUCAAGGAACGUGUGAUUAGUACAGUGUUCAAAGUUUUGUUCAAAGUGGGUGCUCAAGUCUCACUUCGCCCGAAAAUGGACAAAUUCAGGGAACAAUUCUUCGGUGAUAUUCGCCGAUUUGAAGUCAUAGCAAAGGAUGUUAGUCUUGUUUUGGUCAACUCGAACCUCGCCUUGCAAAAUGUCAAGCCUUUAGUCCCCGCUUUCGUGGAAAUGUCCGGAAUUCACUUGAAAAAACGCAAGAGUUUGCCCCAAAAGCUGCAAAAAUACCUCGACGAUGCCAAAGAAGGGGUCAUCUACUUCAGUCUUGGCUCUAACGUGAAGAGUGAAUUGCUACCAAAGGCCCAGUUUGAGAAGUUCAUGGAGGCCUUCGCGCAACUCCCGUACAAAGUCCUCUGGAAGUUUGAACGCGAAGACAUGGAAAACAAGCCGAAGAAUGUGGAAAUUCAGAAGUGGUUGCCUCAACAAGACCUGCUUUGGCACCCAAAUAUCAAACUUUUUGUGACCCAAGCCGGGCUUCAGUCCUUGGAUGAGGCAAUUCGGGCCCAAGUCCCCAUCCUCACCAUUCCCUUCUUCGCGGAUCAAAGAUACAACAGCGACCAUUUAGUCCAGAGUGGCGGGGGCCUCUCGCUGGAUUUCCAUUCGUUUACUUCGGACGAAUUUAAGGAGAAAAUCAGCGAACUCAUCACAAAUCCAUCAUACAAAGAGAAAAUUACAAAACUGUCAAAGAUAGCAAGCGAUCAGCCUAUGGAAGCUUUAGAAAAAGCCGUGUGGUGGAUUGAAUACGUUAUAAGGCACGAUGGGGCUGAACAUUUGAGAUACGCCGGUGUCGAUAUGCCAUUUUACCAGUAUUUUCUCCUAGACGUAAUUGCUUUUAUCAUAGCAGCAGUCGCUUUAAUAUUCCACGUCCUUCGCAGAAUAUUCAAACACGUUGUUGUGUGCUACAAAGUCGUCAAAAACGUACUCAAAUCACUCACCAAGCUUAAAAGUCACUAAUCUCAACUCGUUCUAUUUAUUAGGCCUUAUAGGCUUACCAUUUUUAUACUUCCAAAUAAAGUUUUAAG